AUGGGGAGCCUGGCGCUCGCCAUGCUGCUGAUGAUCGUGAGCAUUCUCAUACGACUAGAGGGGAGAAGGGCCAUUCUACUCCAAGUCCUCGUGGUGAUCGGAAGCACACUGAAAGUCUGUUGGGAUAGGAUCUUCGAGUAUGUAAAGCAGGAGCUAGAUGCUGCCAACUGCCCUGGAGGAGAUGUUCCCUUCACUGACUGGGUGGGAGUCGUUUCUCGUAUUUCUGACUGCAACACCGAACGCUGGCUCGAUCAACCGUCGGGUCAGAUCUUCCUCAAGGCGUACCAGCUGGUGACUGCGGAUGCCUCCGGGUGGUUCUGGUCGCAGGUCCUCCUGACCCUAGUGACGCCCUUGUUCCUUCACCUGCAUGUCAACCGUGUGGCCUUGAAGCGGUGGGAGAGGGUGGCGAUCACUGGUGUCGGUCUCCUUGGAGCUAUCUGCUCUGCCUUCUCUGCCGCCUUGCUCCUGUUGAACAUUCUCCACAGUCGGAAGACGAUCCUAAGGAGCAGGAAGGACGUGGAGGACGAGAGGAAGGGGUGCAGUGAGGUACGGGUUUCGCCUCUGGUGAUUGCUUCAGGCUUCUUGUCGUUGCUGUGCGUGUUCUUCUUCCUGCCAAAGACCGUGAACACAGACUCCACUGCCUUCACGUUCUUCCUCCUCCUCCUGCACCUCUCCUUGCUAGCUCCUUCCUUGGACGCCACUCCCUGGAGCCCUCUGAAGGACUCGAGGCAGUUCUCGCGCAGGAAGCUCUUCCUUGCUGUUGGGAUCUGCUCGGCAUUCCUGCAUCUAGAAGCGCUUCUUUCAAGUCUCCACAAGAGCAGCGGGCCCUCUUUCUUCUCUGCCGCUCUCGCCAACCCUUGCCAGACGUCCAUCUUUGCCGAUGCCAUGCUGUCUACUGGCUUCGUCUUAUUGUACAUGCUGUCCAUGUCGGGGAUGGGGGCGUUCAAGUAUGUUGCUCUCGCUCCCCUGCUAGGGCCUGGCGCCAUGCUUUCGUUCUACUUGCGCGAGCAGAAGUUCUAA